AAUUGGCCGAUCCACGCAACGCGCGACUCCACAAACUCGCGCCUGCCCCACCACCCCUCCAUCUGCCGCCAUCGGAAGUUGCGACUCUGAGAGUCUACCAAACCAACGCGCUACACCAGACUCAACGACAUGGUAGCUGAGCCGGCAAGCCUGCCUGAGGGCAUGUUCUCCCUCCUGGACACCGACCUGUACAAGCUGACUAUGCAAUGCUGCAUACUGAAGUUCUUCCCGGAUGUCUCAGUCACGUAUAGCUUCACAAACCGCACGCCAGACAAGAAGCUUAGUCGCGCCGCCUUCAAUUGGCUACAAGCACAAGUAGAUAAACUCGAAAAUAUUACAGUUUCCGACGACGAACUCAACUUCCUGAAGAACAAUUGCCCUUAUCUGAACGCGCAAUACCUACAAUUCCUCUCUAUCUUCCGCCUCAAGCCCUCAAAACAGCUCAAGCUAUCCUUCACACCCGUAAACGACACCGGCUCAGACAGCGACGUUGGCGGUUUCCACAUCCACACUGAGGGUCUAUGGCUCGACACGAUCCUGUAUGAGAUUCCGCUACUGGCGCUUGUGAGCGAGGCAUACUUCAAGUUUGUCGAGACAGACUGGAACCAUGCGGGUCAAGUGGAAAAGGCCUACCACAAGGGGAAAGCGCUGUUGGAAGAAGGCUGCAUCUUCUCAGAGUUUGGCUCGAGGAGGCGACGAGACUACCACACACAAGACUUGGUGCUGCAAGGGCUGCGCCGGGCGGCUGACGAGGGCGCCAAGCUAGGAUGGGCGGGAAAGUUCUCAGGAACGAGCAAUGUUCACUUUGCCAUGAAGCACGGACUUGUCCCCAUUGGCACUGUUGCGCACGAAUGGUUCAUGGGCGUGGCUGCUAUCACGGACAACUACGAGAGCGCAAACGAAAUUGCCCUAGAGUACUGGACAGCCACGUUCGGGGCAGGCGUGUUGAGCAUCGCACUCACAGACACGUUUGGAACGCCAGCAUUCCUCCGGGCCUUCAAGAAGCAGAUUCCUCGCGUCACCACUGCUAUCCUGGGAGGCGGAACGCUGGCGUCAGCCGGGAACACGACCAAAACCGACGCGGUGGAGACUAUGGCCUCGACGAAGCCGCCCAUUCAGGCACCGUACAGUGGAGACACGGGCUCGGAUCAGACGUUUGCCCAAGUGUUUGCGGGCGUGCGCCAGGACUCUGGUGAUCCUCUGGAGUUUAUCAAGAUGAUGCGCGAGUUCUACGACGACGAGGGCAUCAAGGACAAGAAGACGAUUGUAUUUUCCGACUCGCUGAACCUUGAGCUCUGCUUCAAGUACAAGAAGGCAGCCGAGGAGCAAGGCUUCCAGCCAACGUUUGGAGUGGGGACAUUCUUGACAAACGAUUUCGUCGAGACAUCGAGCGGGAACAAGUCGGUGCCCUUGAAUAUUGUAAUCAAGAUUGCGUCUGCAGAGGGCCGUCACGCUGUCAAGAUUAGUGACAACAUUGGCAAGAACACGGGAGACCAAGCCACGGUGGACGAGGUCAAACGGCGACUCGGCUACCAGGAAAAGUCAUGGGCUGGCGGCGACGAGCGAAGGCGGUGGGGCAACACGGACCAAGCCGCGAAUUGACACGUGCAAGCUUGGUGAAGGUCGGGGAGCUUGCACUUGUGCUGUGGCUAGGCGGCGGGCCUAGCGGUGUGCUUGGCCUGGCGGCGCUGAGUGGCGGAGUCCGGUUCGCAAGCUGAGUGAUGCAUUCUGCAAGGCUGAGUCUAGUAUACGUACUAGAUGGACGAGAAUGGGCACAAGCUGCGUAAGCCAUGGCCGGCCAGCUCGAUGGAUCGAGAGCGUGGGCGGGGCGGGGCUGGUGGCGGCAGCUGGAAGGGGG